AUGUCAGCAGCAUUCACCCGAUUGGCUAAGUUCAACAGAAGGCGUCAGCUGGGGCGGACAGAUGUUCAGAGCCCGAUUUGGCUGAGUCUGGCAGCACGGCUGCGUGACAUGCUUGGGGAGAACAAGCUAAGUGCUCGUUCUGCUGCAAAUGUGUUUUGGGCACAUGGCGAGCUGCAUGGGAAAGUGGAUGCGUGCAGUAAAGGGCUGGUCGCUGAGCUGGGCACAUAUGUGCAAAGGAAGGCUUCUGACAUGAAGGCGCAGGAACUCUCAAACUGCCUUUUGAUUACUGCCAAGCUGGGAGACUCUGUACCCAAAGUCCUGACUGCUGUGCCUGACAUCGCAAGGUGUAUGCCGGACAAGGCUCAAGACAUGGUUCCCCAAGCCCUGGCCAACAGCCUCUGGGCAACUGCGAAAUUGCAAGAUGCGGUGCCAGAGGUCUUGAUUGCCGUGCCUGCCCUUGCAGCAAGAAUCCCUUUCAAGGUCAAAGAAAUGGUUCCGGAAGACUUGUCAAACAACUUGUGGGCAGCUGCAAAGCUACAAGAUGCAGUGCCAGAGCUGCUGACCUCAGUAGCUCCUCUUGCAGCACAAAUCCCUCUCAAAGCCAUAGACAUGGUUCCUCAAGACUUGUCGAAUAGCCUUUGGGCAGCGGCAAAGUUGCAAGAUGCAGCGCCAGAAGUGCUGACUGCGGUGCCUGCUGUUGCAGCAUGCAUACCUGACAAGGUCAAACGCAUGGUUCCUCAAGGUCUGUCGAACAGUCUCUGGGCAAUUGCAAAUUUGCAAGAUGCGGUGCCAGAGGUGCUGUCGGCUGUGCCCGCGAUCGCCGAGCAAAUCUCGUACAAGGUUACGGACAUGAUUCCUCAAGAUCUUUCCAACAGCCUGUGGGCAGCUGCGAGAUUGCAGGACACAGCGCCGGAGGUGCUGACGGCAGUGCCUGUGAUCGCAGCGCGUAUCCCUUACGAGGUGAAAGGUAUGGUUGCUCAAGGUCUGUCGAACAGUCUCUGGGCAACGGCCACUUUACAAGAUACGGUGCCAGAGGUGCUGACAGCUGUGCCUGCCAUUGCAUCGCAUCUCCCGCGCAAGGCUCAAGACAUGAUUCCGCAACACUUGUCGAACAGCCUGUGGGCAGCUGCAAAGUUGCAGCAUGUGGCGCCAGUGGUUCUGACUGCCGUACCUGCUAUUGCAGCGUGCAUUCCUGGUAAGGUUGCAGACAUGAUCCCUCAGCACUUGUCAAUCAGUCUGUGGGCAGCGGGUAAUCUGCAAGACGCGGUGCCAGAGGUGCAGACGGCUGUGCCCGCUUUGGCAGACGCUGAGCUCAGCGGUAGCCAGCGCAAGCUCAGAUUUGCCCACGCGCUGGAGUUCCUGGAGCUUUGGUUCAUGCCUUUCAUUGCAAAGGUUGGGUUUUUCCUUCUGGCCGAGCAUCACGAAGUGUAUCUGUUUCGGCUGGCCAACAUUGAGCAUUCGCGGGAGCUGAUGAGCUCCGCAAAGCAUGAGGAGCUGACCUCCACGCAAGAGAAAGCUGCAAAAAGCGGUGAUAGAGUCUUGGUGAUUACUUUGACCUACAUGCGCAAGAAAACCUUUCGCAAGCGUCUCCUGCCAUACAUGUAUUUCUUAGCCAAUAACUUCUGCCAGCUGAUCUGCAUCAAAGGGGUUUUCCGCCUCUCAGCUCACUUCACCCCGCUGACGGUGAACAUCACUUUGUCAGUGAGGAAGUUUCUCUCGGUGAUCGUUUCGAUCCUCUGGUUCGGGAAUCCAUGGACAGUGCUCCACAGCAUUGCCACUGUUGCCAUCUUUGGCGGCGUUUUCGCUUACUCGCAGUGCCCAGCACCUGAAGCCGCGAAACCCUCACAGGAUGACAAGAAGAAGCAGUGA